UGAGGGUGAGUGCAGAGUGAGGAAGGACAGCAGAGUAGACAAGUCUGAGGAAACAGCGUUUAUAUUUCUGGAGCCAGGGUUCUUCCCCACAGAGGGAGCACAGAGCAGGCAGUAGAGACCCAUGGAGCCUCCCUCAGCCACUCCCCACAGAAGGCGAGUCCACUGGCUGGGGUCUCUGCUCACAGUCUCACUUUUGAUCUUCUGGAGCCCAUCCAUCACAGCCCAACUCACCAUUGAAUCGGUGCCGUUCAGUGCUGCUGAAGGAAAUGAUGUUCUUCUACUUCUCCUCAAUCCGCCAACAGAUACUUUAAUCUACAUCUGGUACAAAGGGGAAAGUAGAGACAACAACAAUAAAAUUGCAUCGUAUGGAACAGGAGCUCCUCAACCAAAUGCUACAGGGCCUGCCCACAGUGGUCGGGAGACAAUAUACCCCAACGGGUCCCUGCUGUUCCAGAAUGUCACCCUGGAAGACACAGGAAUCUACACACUACAAAUAACAAAGACAAAUGGUGACAAUGAGGUAUUAGCUGGACAGAUCCGUGUACACCCGGAGUUACCCAAACCUUUUAUCACCAGCAACAGCUCCAACCCCGUGGAGGACCAGGACUCCGUGACAUUAACUUGUGACCCUGAGACUCAGAACACAACCUACCAGUGGUUGAUAAACAAUCAGAGCCUCCCAGACAGGGCCAGGCUAGAGCUGUCCACAGACAACAGGACUCUCACUAUACACAAUGUCACGAGGAAUGACACAGGACCCUAUGAGUGUGAAACCAGGAACCCAGUGAAUGCCCGCCGCAGUGACCCGUUCAUCCUGAAUGUUCUCUAUGGCCCGGACACCCCCACCAUUUCCCCCUCAGACUGGCAUUACCCUCCAGGGGCCAACCUCACUCUCUCCUGCAACGCGAUCUCCAACCCACCUGCACAGUAUUUUUGGCUCAUCAAUGGAAACUACUUGCAAUCCGCACAAGUGCUCUUUAUCCCCAACGUCACUGUGAGUGAUGGUGGAAACUAUACCUGCCAUGUCCAUAGCAAUGCCACUGGCCUCAGCAGAACCACAGUCAAGACUAUCACAGUCUCUGAGUCAGUGACAAAGCCCUCCAUCCAAGCCAGCAACACCACAGUCAGAGAACAUGAGGGCCCUGUGAUCCUCACCUGCCUCACCAACCACACUGGAAUCUCCAUCCAGUGGGUCUUCCACGGGCAGAUUCUGCGGCUCACAGACAGGAUGACGCUGUCCCAGGACAACAGUUCCCUCACCAUAGGCACCGUUAAGAGGGAAGAUGCUGGAGUAUACCUGUGUAAGGUCUACAAUCUGGUCAGUUCCAGCACAAGUGAUCCCCUCAACCUGACUGUGAAAUAUUAUGAUCCCGCUCCAGAAAGUUCUGGCCUCUCAGGUGGGGCCAUUGCCGGCAUCAUGGCUGGAGCACUGGCCGGGGUGGCUCUGACAGCAGCCCUGGUGUACUUUCUGUGUAUCAGAAACACUGGCGGGGCAAGCAACCAGCGUGAUAACACAGAGCACAAACCCUCAGCAUCCAACCACAGUCAGGACCAUUCUGACACGAGUGCACAUAUAUACUGAAAAGUGCUUAAAACGACAAUGAAGUUGCAUAUUCUUCCCUGAACUUCAAUGCCCAGCUACCAAAGAAACCGACUUCAGCAUUCCCAUCCCAAACAGCCACAGAAACAAUCUAUUCAGAAAUAAAAAGGAAG